GCUCGCUCACUGCUCCGGCGGGCGGCUAGAGCGGCUGGAGGUGGCCACGAGCUGGUAGAAACCCUGGAAUCUUGACAACUCGCCCACUUGGCCUACACGCCUCCGGGCCCAGGAUUGGUCGAAACGGAGGGGCGUGAAGGCGGGGCGACGGAGCUUCCCGGGAGGAGUUCCUAGUUGUAUCCCCGCAAGGCUUCAAGGGUGGGCUGCAUCUGCAGACAUUUGUCUCUGAGCGUUCUUCCCGGGACCAGUCCACAGUUUCGUGUGUGAGCAAGAUGGAUGCUGACCUGUCUGGCUUUAACAUCGAUGCCCCUCGUUGGGACCAGCACACUUUCCUGGGGCGGGUGAAGCACUUCUUCAAUAUCACAGACCCACGCACUGUCCUGGUGUCAGAGCAGGAGCUGGACUGGGCCAAGGUGAUGGUGGAGAAGAGCAGGAUGGGGGCCGUGCCCCCAGGCACCCACGUGGAGCAGCUGCUGUAUGCCAAGAAGCUGUACGACUCGGCCUUCCACCCUGACACCGGGGAGAAGAUGAACGUCAUUGGGCGGAUGUCCUUCCAGGUUCCGGGCGGCAUGAUCAUCACGGGCUUCAUGCUCCAGUUCUACCGAACGAUGCCAGCGGUCAUCUUCUGGCAGUGGGUGAACCAGUCCUUCAAUGCUUUAGUCAACUACACCAACAGAAAUGCAGCUUCCCCCACGUCACUCAGGCAGAUGGCCCUUUCCUACAUCACAGCCACAUCCACGGCGGUGGCCACUGCUGUGGGCAUGAACAUGUUGACAAAGAAAGCUCCACCCCUGGUGGGCCGCUGGGUGCCCUUUGCUGCUGUGGCUGCUGCUAACUGUGUCAACAUCCCAAUGAUGCGACAGCAGGAACUCAUCCAGGGCAUCUGCGUGAAGGACAGGAAUCACAAUGAGAUUGGUCAUUCCCGGAGAGCUGCAGCCAUAGGCAUCACCCAAGUGGUUAUUUCUCGGAUCACCAUGGCGGCCCCUGGCAUGAUCUUGCUGCCAGUCAUCAUGGAAAGGCUGGAGAAACUGCGUUUCAUGCAGAAAGUCAAGGUCCUGCACGCGCCAUUGCAGGUUAUGCUGUGUGGGUGCUUCCUCGUCUUCAUGGUGCCAGUGGCAUGCGGGCUCUUCCCACAGAAAUGUGAAUUGCCAGCCUCCUACCUGGAACCCGAGCUCCGAGAAGCCAUGAAGGCCAACUAUGGAGAACUCAUGCCUUCUGUCUACUUCAAUAAGGGCCUCUAGAUGCCCACUCCAUCAAGGACCAGUCUCCACCCAUAUUCACCAGCUCCUCCUUAGCCACCAGGACCCUCAUGCUUCUUUCUACUCAGACAUGUGGUUUAUUGGGCCCCAGGGGAUAAAAGUGAAUAAGGGGAGAAAGACCAAAUCUCUACCUGCCCCCCCCCCCCCCCCAUAACUCCCAUCCCCUGGAGACCAGGAACUGAGUCCGCCUCAGGGAGAAGUUGCUGGGACCUGAGGGAGACACUCAACAAACUGAAUGGAAAAGUUUGGGAUUCUGCUUCCAGCCAGGACUGGGGCGGAGCCCCAGGGACAAAGAGAAGCUCCCGCUCCCUCUCCCACGUCGCCUUCUCUGAAGCUGUGGACCCUCUGCCCCUGCAGUUCCAGCUGUGCAGGAAGUGGGGGGCUGGCCUGCGUCACCUUGGGGCUCAUCUCCACUCUUCCCCAUUCUCAUUGCCCCAAUCAGAAAGGCCUCUGGGGGUGCUGCUAACCUUGAGUUUAUCAGGCACCUGGGAGUUCUCAGUGCUGAAAAAGGACAUCGUGUGAGGCAGUGGAGUUCGGUGGUGCUUUGAGCCCUGUCUGUUGGCGCCGACUUUGUUUUCCUGCUCUAAAAUCAUGUCUGAUUUUACUUCUGUGUUUAAAAGAUAAUCCCCCUAACUGUGAGUAAAAGGGAUGUAUGUAAGCAUUAACCACACAUUGUAAUGGGUAUAAUUUCCUGGCUGCCUCCCUUCCUCGGCCCAUGAGGUUAAACACCAAAGAAAGACUGGUGUGUACUGACCAGCAAUGGGAAGUUUUAUUUGGAUGCCUGUAAGAGAAAAUCAGCCAAGACCAAAGAGCCUUAAAGGACACAGCGAAGCCCAGCCACUUGCCCUUCCUGACUUGGCUGCUGGAGGUGAUUUCUCAAGCUCCCCAGGGGACAGUUGUGGCAUCCUGGGGUCGAUGCCUAUAUGAAUUAUGUCUGGUAGACUUUGCUGACUAUUCAAAGGAUACCACUGUGAAUCGAAUAAAUUUCUUGAAAGAGUACAAUAAACUUUGC